GGUCCCUUCACUGGGGACUGUGGGUGGCACCCCUUGGCGCCGGGACAGCGCACGACGCCUUUGCGUGGGGGCACGGCACGGUACACGGCACGGCUGCUUUCCCUUGGGACAUGGCAUCGCGUGGGGACACAGCGUGGGCCCCCUGGCACCGGGAUAAGAUUCCUUCUUGCAGUCCCGGUGUGCUCCUGCACUCCUGCAAACACAUCCCUGCCAACAGCCUGUGACGGCCCCGGGACCUGCUGCUUCCCUGCCACCAGCUGGAGAGGAGAAGCCAGCGGGGACUGCCGGGAAGGGGGACUAACCCCCCAUCCAUGGCAGGGGACAACUGCUCGGGGCUACUGGAGAGCAGCCAGUGCCCGGAGCCUACACCUGUCCCUUGUCCCCACACCAUCCACGCUACUGCCCUGGAGGCUUCCUGUGAGCCCCAGCCAUGUAGGCACAGCCUGGGGCUCCACUGACGGCCACCAUCAACAUGCAGCAGGGCUACGCUGCCGUCCUAUGUGUCCUGGCUGUGCUGGGGCUGGAGGCCGCGGCGCCGGGCGAAUGCGAGCUCACCCGCCUGCUCCAGGACAAGCUGCAGUAUGAGAUGCGCCUGCAGUACAUGAAACACUACUUUCCCAUUGACUACACAGUCCAGGUCCAGUAUGAAGAGGUGCUGAGACCAUCCAACAUCACCCGCCUGCGCAACGGGACAGUGUCGGAGGCAGCACUGCGGUACCUCUGGUUCCAUGUCAGCUCCCAGGCAGUGCUGCGCAUCCGUGAGGUGCUGCCAGAGAAGCACCCAUCCUGGAAGUACACCCAGGAACUCUGCCAGCUCUUUGAUGCCCUGGGCGAGGAGUACAGCAAGUACCGGCAGACAGACGUGGAAACUGUGGUGGCCGAUCUGGUGAAGUUGAUCCACAGCGCGGGCGCUGAGAGCCGGAGCAAGGCUGUUCGCCCCAAGGCACUGCUGGACAACUGCCUCAAGGUCAUGCGGAUGCUCUACGGGGUGCCCUGUCGGUGGGAGUCCACCUAACACUGUGGAAGAUCCUUCACUCAACCCUUCACUGGACACCUCCCUGCCCUGGAGCCUUGGAUGCUGCCUCUGCUCUGCUCCUCCCAGAGCCCCCUGGUGGGUUCCCAAGGAAGCUGCAAAGGUGGGAUAAAUGUCACUCCUUCCAGGACCAAACACAACCCUUUCCAGAACUGUGGGACUGUUUAUGGCUGGGAUCUUGUCCAUCCAAAAUGUCUGCCACCCUUUUUCAUGGGUGUGGGGUCAGACACAGUCCCCUGUGGCAGGCAGCUGUUGGGGGUACAUGCAGCCCUUCCUGCCCACAGGGCAGGUGAGGGCAUCACCCUGUUUCUCUCCAUUUGUAUUUUUUCCUCAGCUUUGAUUAAACACCAGUUAAUUCUUUAGCAUUGCAGCUCAGCUUCCGACUGGGUCCUAGGAACCUCCAGCCUUACCCAAAAUAAAGGACCAGCAAAGAGAA